CCGGAAGAAGUUUGCCUUCUCCUACACGUGGGUCCGGUGUGACCGGGGCACGGAGAGCCAUCAUGUCUGGCCUGUUUAUUAAGAAGGGAUCUGAAGGUCCCGCGCGGAGGCGGCGGGCGGAGGCUGGAAAUGCAGAAAUCACGUCAUUAAAGAAAAAGCAAAGAAAAGGUGCAAGCCUAAGGGAGGAGAUUGAGAGUGACUCGGAUACAGAGAUUGUGCCUGUUCGACAAAAGCCCCAGGAGGAUGAGGAAGACAUAGAGGAGACAGCGCAGGAAAAAAAGCUGCGCCUUGCCAAAGAAUAUCUGAAGCAGUUGCAAGAGCAAGAGGAGGAGAGACAGGACGAUGAGAACCAAGAUAUCGUUGGUAGCAGACUACAGGAGGACGUGUUGGAGCAACGUGGAAAACUUCAACGACCUUUGGCAAAAGAGUUGGUUCCCCCCGAGCCUUCAGAGAUUCGACUACUUCGUGGUCACCAAGGACCAAUCACCUGCCUUGUAAUAACUCCUGACGAUCAACAUGUAUUCUCUGGAUCUAAAGACUGUUCUAUCUUCAAAUGGUCUAUAUGUGAUGGGAAGAAGGUACAUAAGAUCCCAGGCGGUAGAAAAGGAAGUGAAGACAAGCAUGUUGGCCACACUGCACAUAUUCUAUGUAUGGCAGUAUCCUCAGAUGGAAAAUACCUGGCAUCCGGUGAUCGAAACAAGCUGAUCUUUAUUUGGAAUGCUGAGACAUGUCAGAAUCUUCAUAAAUUCCAAGGACAUCGAGAUGCAGUGUCUGCUUUAUCCUUCCAGAAGGGAAAACACCAGUUGUUCAGUGCAUCACAUGAUCGCUCUGUUAAGGUGUGGAAUGUUGCUGAAAAUUCCUACAUCGAGACGCUCUUUGGUCAUCAGGAUGCCAUCACAGGGCUAGACAGCUUGAGCCGAGAGCGAUGCGUGACCUCAGGAGGAAGAGAUGGAACCGUUAGAGUGUGGAAGAUUGCAGAGGAGAGCCAGCUUGUGUUCAGUGGCCAUGAAGGUUCCAUAGACUGCAUACGGCUUAUAAAUGAAGAGCACAUGGUUUCUGGAGCAGAAGAUGGGUCUCUGGCACUUUGGAGUGUUUCCAGGAAGAAGCCCCUGGCACGGGUAAAAUGUGCCCAUGGUCAACAUGGCAAUCCUGGUUUGGAGCAGCCAUACUGGGUUUCUUCAGUGAGUGCUGCUCUCAACAGCGAUGUUGUGGCCUCUGGAUCUAAUGAUGGCAAUGUUAGGCUCUGGCGCUGUGGUGAAGGUUUCCGAGGCUUGCAUCCACUGUGUACCAUUCCUUUGGUUGGGUCUGUGAACAGCCUGCAGUUUUCCAGUUCAGCCGAUUUCCUGGUUGCUGGAGUUGGACAGGAGCACAGACUUGGACGUUGGUGGAGGAUAAAAGAAGCCAAAAACGGACUGUACAUAAUCCCUUUCAAACGGAAAUUGCCCCUCAGCGAAGGAUCAUGAUCUCCCCUUAGUAUGAAUGGUCAUUGUUAAUCUGCAUUUCAGUUCUUCUGCAAUCUCCCCCCCCCCCCCCAAUAUUUCAGAAGUUAAAUAUAAAUGAUUUAUUAUGUGUAAA